UCCACUCCACCCCCUCUCUCUCUGGCUGCCCGGACUCCCUCAGCUGUUGUCAGUUACCCGUGUGCAGAGCAGUGUGGACAGGGCUAGGCUGAGCUGGCUACGCUGAGGACAUAUAGUGGAUCUGUGUAGUCAGUCUCUGUGGACUUCAUGAGGAGCGUCUUGGUGGAUUAGGAGCUGGACCACACUGGAAAUGUAUUUCUCUACUAACUAAAGGCAUUUUCAGGUCAGGUCAGGAGAGGAAGACAUAUAGAGGGUUAACACUGGAGCAGUUCUGGAGCAGAGACACAUGUCAAGACUGAUCUCCUCCUCAGUAUCCCAGGGAUCCGUGCGGUGAGACUGCCCCUGUCUCGGACCUGCAGCACCGGGAUGUGAGUCGGCUGUCUGUCUUGCUUAGCUUGGUUCAGUCUGGCUAAUUUCUCUUUGGCUCACUUAGACUGGCUCUCAAUGACACUGACCCAACUCCUGCUCCGUUUUUAGGUUCUCUGUCUCCGGAACCCCUGACCUCUAACCCCCGAACCUAGGACAGGCUCAGGUCCAGUUUUGAGAAUUACUGGACUGAAAAGACUUUUGUUUGGCAGUGUUACACAACCUUGGGAUUUUUAUUUUCUGGAAACUCUACCCCUGAUCUGGGACUGCUAAGACGUGUUCUGUGUUCUGGUGGACUGGUGCUCCAGGGGUCUGUCUGGCUUGUCUCUCCCAGGGAUCAUGGCCUCUCUCUGGGGCACAGUGGUGCUGCUGUGUGGGGUGGUUCUCUCUGCAUCCCAGCAAACCAAAAGCAAUGUUCCCCGUCUAAAACUCUCUUAUAAAGAGAUGUUAGAGUCUAAUAACUUGGUGACGUUUGAGGGACUCCCGAAUAGCUCUGCUUACUACACCUUCCUACUGGACGAGGAGAAGGGCCGCCUGGUGGUUGGUGCCAAAGACCAUAUCUUCUCCUUUAACCUGGUCAACAUCAGCAGAGACCUGGAUCAGAUCCCGUGGCUGGCCUCCACCUCCAGAAUAGAUGAGUGUAAAUGGGCUGGAAAGGACCUUGUGAGGGAAUGUGCUAACUUCAUCAAGGUGUUGCAGCCAUUUAAUCAGACCCAUCUGUAUGCCUGUGGAACGGGAGCCUUCCAUCCUGUCUGUGCCUACCUGGAGGUUGGGAGGAAAACAGAGGAUAGUGUGUUCAGGCUGGAGUCCCAGAUAGAGAAUGGUCGAGGGAAGAGCCCUUACGACCCCAAGCUGCUCACAGCGUCCCUGCUCAUCGAUGGUGAGCUGUAUUCUGGGACAUCAGCUGACUUCAUGGGGCGGGACUUUGCCAUCUUCCGUACGUUGGGACAGCAUCACCCAAUCAGAACAGAGCAACACGACUCCCGCUGGCUGAAUGACCCCAGGUUUGUGAGUGUUCAUGUGAUCCCAGAGAGUGACAACCCAGAGGAUGACAAGGUAUACCUGUUCUUCAGAGAGAACGCUAUGGACGGGGAACAUUCAGGGAAGGCAACCCUCGCACGCAUCGGACAGCUCUGCAAGAAUGAUUUCGGAGGCCACAGGAGUUUAGUGAAUAAAUGGACCACCUUCCUGAAGGCCAGGCUGCUCUGUUCUGUACCAGGACUUAAUGGCAUAGACACGCACUUCGAUGAACUACAGGACGUGUUUCUGAUAAGCUCAAAGGAUCUUAAGAACCCCCUCAUCUACGCAGUGUUUACUACAUCCAGUAACAUUUUCAAGGGUUCAGCAGUGUGCCUGUACAGCAUGGCAGACAUCAGAAGGGUGUUUCUGGGUCCCUACGCCCACAGAGACGGCCCCACCUACCAGUGGGUUCCAUUUCAGGGACGGGUACCAUAUCCACGGCCUGGCACGUGCCCCAGCCAGACCUUCGGAGGUUUCGGCUCGACAAAGGAUUUGCCUGAUGACGUCAUAACAUUUGCCAGAGGUCACCCGGCGAUGUUUAACCCUGUCUACCCCAUCAACAACCGACCAAUCAUAAUCAAGACCGACACGGACUACCAGUUCACACAGAUAGUGGUCGACAGAGUGGAGGCAGAGGACGGACAGUACGACGUUAUGUUCAUAGGCACAGAUAUGGGUACCGUGCUGAAGGUGGUGUCAGUCCCCAGAGGUUCAUGGCAGGACCUGGAGGAGGUUCUACUAGAGGAGAUGACAGUGUUCAGGGAGCCAACUGCUAUUAUGGCGAUGGAGCUGUCUACGAAACAGUUGUACCUGGGCUCAGAGCUGGGUGUAUCCCAGAUGCCUUUACAUCGCUGUGAGGUGUAUGGGAAGGCCUGUGCCGAGUGUUGUUUGGCCAGAGACCCUUACUGCGCCUGGGAUGGGACAGAGUGCUCACGAUACUUCCCCAUGGCCAAGAGGAGGACAAGGAGGCAGGACAUCAGGAAUGGAGACCCUCUAACCCAGUGUUCAGACCUGCAGCAUCAUGAUGACCUGAAUGGUCAGGCCACGGUACUGGAUAAGACGGUGUAUGGAGUGGAGAACAGCACUACGUUCCUGGAGUGUAGCCCCAAGUCCCAGAGAGCACUGAUCUACUGGCAGUACCUACUACCUAACGAGGAUGGAACACAAGAUAUCAAAGCAGAAGAUCGUUUUGUACGUACGGAGCAGGGUCUUUUAAUUCGCACUUUGAACAAGAAGGAUUCUGGGACGUAUGUGUGCCAGGCGGUAGAGCACGGCUUUAUGCAGACGCUCCUUAAAGUCACGCUGGAGGUCAUUGACACGGAUCGCCUCGAUGGUCUGAUUCGCCGUGACGACGAAGCCAUCACACACAUCACUGCCACGCGCGGCACCGGCCGAGACACGCCCCCGGUUCGGGAAUCACCCAAUCAGAAGCUUUGGUACCGUGACUUCCUGUCGUUAGUAAACCACCCGACCCUGAACAGCGUGGAUGAGUUCUGUGAGCAGGUGUGGAAGAGGGAGAGGAAGCAGAAGAGGCAGAAAGCACAGCAAACCCAGCAGGUCCAGCAAACUCAGCAGGUCCAGCAAACCCCGCAGGUCCAGCAAACCCAGCAGGUCCAGCAAACCCAGCAGCCACAACAGCAUCAGCAGCAGGGAUUUGUACAUGCUCACACCCAUGUGCACACCCACGGGCUGGCUGCCAAGUGGAAACACCUGCAGGAGAGGCAGAAGGGCCGAAACCGCAGGACCCAUGAACUGGAGAGAGCUCCCCGCAGUGUCUGACCUUUCCCCCCCUAAAUCCCAUGAUCCUCUCUGACCCCCAACCCACAUACCCUGUCUUCUGACCCCUUCAGAACCUCCUCUCCCACAUACAGAGAUGAAGACUCUUUCCAAACGGACUUUGUCAGAAUCUUAACUGGAAACCAGGGCAACAUGCCGCCAUGGUCGAGGGGUAGGCUGCGUGGGCACCCAUGUUUACAGUGGCACGGCACAGAGACACAGGAUGUUACGGCACACUACAUGAUACAGAACUAUUGUAUUAUCUCAGCUGGCCUCUGUGGCCCCAGCACCAUGGAGGGACAGUGUUCGCCGACAUGAGGACUGGUUAUGCUCUCUCUACUAUGGAAUAACCUAUUGAAACAUUGGCUCUGUCUCCACUCUAGUAUACCUUUUAAAUAUCACGUCUCAGCGUUGUCGUCUACAUAGUAGUUAGCUUUUCCUAACAACCACUACUUUAAAACAAGGGAUGAUAGUGUUGGAUGACGUGAUAAAGCAGGAAUGGACCUUGUGUACAUCCCAAGGACAAUAACUGUCUAUCAGUCAUGUAAAGAACAAUGCUUUGAUGUUGACUGGAUUCUAUAAAAUAUGAAGAGUCCUCAGGGGUGAGGAGAAUGCCUGAGCACUGCAAGAAACUUCACAGAGUAGCCAAGGAUUUAUAAAUAACAAUGUUAUCCUAACUUAAAGCAAACAUGUAAAUAUGCUUUCAUACAUCCUUGUACUAAAGGGAAUUGUUAGCGGUUUUCUUGUUAAAUAAUUUUAACAGGAUUUACAGAGUUUCCCCAUGAAUAAAUGUAUUUAAGUGAAGGUGAAUUUGUUUUUCCAAAAAUAGAAUAAUAAAAUAUCAAACAUGAUAAUACAAAUAAUUUUGCUAAGUGUAUAGAUCUUUCAUUAUUUUCUAUACAGUAUGUGUAAAAAAGUUAUCUUUUUUGUUCAGAGCCAUGUAUAAAUUAAUUUUAAAUUAGUAGCAGUUGACUUUAUUUUAAUUGCUUUAUUUUAUGUUCAAGUCCAACCACUGCAUCCCAGUAUAAUAAAAGUUUUGACAUAUCUCUGCAUUAACUCUGUCAAAUUUGAUUGAAUCAAUAAUGCAACCUUUAAAUUAUUUCAUUUGGAUACAAUACUUUAUUAUUUUUUUAAAUCAUCUCUUUCCAAAAUAAGCCUGUAAGUGUUGUGAUAACGAUCUACAUGUAACACGUCCAUUCUGGCAAACAGGACCAGCUAACUUUCAAAUACUUUCCACUCAUAAAAAAAAAUGCCACUGCUGUUGAACAUGCAGGCUUCUAUUACAAUAGUUAGCAUACCACUACUUCACCAUCUGUCUAUGUCCAUUUGCCCAUGUGACACAAAUGUACUACAUAGCAUAUCAUACUCUUCCAGCAAUACAUGCAUUUCGUUAUUUUCCAGGAGCAUAUAUGUUCUUUUAUGUCUCUGCCUUAUAAUCACUAUACAGUUGUCUGGUAGUAUGUACUUCAGGAGAGAGUUUAUUUGACCUGUGUUUUUAUAUACUUCAGGAGGUGUCUCUGCAGAGGUAGAGAGAGUGAAAGAGAGAGAGCCUGCAAUGUAGCUGUGAACACAACAUGAACAUUGAUGAGUGAAUCCAACAGUAUGUGUCCUACCUGUAUUACUUGCAUGUGAAUGCUAAUCUAGUGUACGGUACCUUUCGUUUUAUAAUAAUGUAUUGUUUAAUGUUGUUUGUGUGGCCUGCUCUUAGGCUCUUAUAUGUUAGCCUGUUAAUGAGAUGUAAAUACUCUAGUUUCUGUUGGAUAUAUGAAACACAGAAUUAAUUCUUGGUACUGACAUAAUGUACACUGAAGUACUGCUUAAGUGAAGUGAUGUGUUGUAUUCCACUGGCAUUCAGAGAUGCUCUGGUAUAUUUGGGCUGGAAAACAAAAAUAUAUCCACCUGUCCGUCACGCACAGUUCCACUAAUAUACAUCGCAAUGUCUUUCUAAUGAAACAAAACAGUGGAUCAUGAAUCAGUACACUUGGUAAUCUUUCCCCAGCUUCCAUGUGGAUAUAGAGACCCAGGGGGAGAGCAUGAGCUGGGCUCGAACCCGUAGUGGUAGAAGGCUCAUUGAAUAAGUGCACCUGUUGGGUGCCUGGAUAGGAUCCGUGCUCAGAUUCAUUUGACCGUACCAGGAUUUUCAUCUGAGGGAGGAUCCUCUCCCAUGUAGGAGGUUCUGGGUCUCUGUAAUGGUCAUCUCAGCCCAUUUGAACCACUGGCAGGACUGCUGACUGUAUGCAGGAGUAAUCAGCUGCUGCUGUAAGGACUGUGUUCAGUGUGAUUAUGAAUAUGAUGAUGACAAUAACGAUGAUUAUGUACGCUACUGUUCUAAUAAAACUAUCUUCCUACA